AUGAAAGCAAUCGCAUUUUUCUUUACAACUCUAAUAAUUCUUGCAUUUACCAAUUAUGCAAUAGCAACAAACGACGAAGAGGAUAAAGGAUCUAAAAAUUUGUCAAAAGGGGAACAUAAGAGCGGGAAAAUGGCAAAAGACAGACUCACAGAAGUUUGUAAGGAGCUUGGACAUUAUUCAAAGGCGGUAGAAAACGAAUUUAAAAAAGGGAACAUAUUGGCAGAAAUGACAAGAGUUCUCAUUGAAUGGAUCCAAGAAUUUGAUCUGUCUUCAAAGAGAUCGUUUAAAGAGGAAAUUAACGAAAUGAUACUCUUUGAACGCAACCUUUUGUCUGAAAAAGAAAGCAUUUAUACCGAAACCUUUACAAUUUACAACGAAGGUUGUGCCUUAUUGUUUGAGCUCAAAGAAAUGUUAAAGAGUGAUAUAAAUGAUUUUAUCAGUGAAGAGAAGGAGAAUGAAACAACUAUAAUGAUAGAAGCUCACAAGGAUAUACUGACAAAGUUGGAAGUGUAUGAAGUGUUGUUUACAGAGUUUAGAAGUUUUGCAGGUUUAACCAUGGAACUUGGACUAGAAAUGCCGGGAGAAGAGGCAAAUGGUAGUUUUGGUCCCCUUUCCAGAGGUUCAAAAGGACUCACUGAUGAAGAUUACAUUUUUGAUAUGUUUCUAGGUUCACAUGCUCUUCCGUCCUGUUCCAAGAAAGAACUCAUUACAAUGUCUGGAACCAUACGCAGGCUUUUGAUAAGAAAAUUGAUUGUUAUCAAGAUGAUAAAGACAGAUGUAAUGGAAUAUCUCGAGAAGUCUAGAGCGAUUUUCAAGGAAUCUCGUUCCUUCAUUGAGCACAUGCCUAGACAGUACAAAACAGCGAUAAUACAAGAGGCAUAUGGAAAGUUGGUGCAUAAAAAUAACCAAGUGGAGAUUUCCGGGAAGAAUGUUUUGCCACAUAUUUUAUCGGCUGAAGAAGACCUUGAAAAAUUUAAUGAAGAUAUCAAUAAUUGCUUACCUCAACUUUCUAGAUUCUCUGAAAGCCAAAUUAUUAGCGGCAAAAUACAAAAACUAUGCAUUGAAGCGUUCAAAAAUUCUAUUUUGACCCUAGAAGCAAUUGGAGAGACAAUGUCUGAAUUGCUCUUGGACUCUUCAAAAAUCACGUCUGCUGCGCAAUUGGUCGAACACUACUUUAAUUUUAUAAAAUUUUACUCAGAAGAAGCUGCUAAGGGGACUAUAAAUGGAGACUAUGACGAAUCAUGCAAGGAAGGUGUAGAUAGUGUGGACUCUGAGCUAAAUUUUGGUUCAUGUAUACAAAAAUCAAGUGAUGCUAAUGAGCCGCAAGAUUGUCAUUCUCCUAGUAAAGAGAGUUCUAUAGACGUUGUAAAGGUAAGUAGAGAAUUAAAAUUUGAUGAUGAAUGCAAGGGUAAUGAUGCAGAUGAUAAAAUGGCCAAUGAGAGCGAUUCGAGGACAGAAAAUGAUGGAAUGCUAUCCUGUGACGUAAAGUCGGUUUUUAUCAUUCUAAUUUCCCUAUUGCACAUGUAA